UACCCAUUUGAACAAGCAAAUCCUAAAAUCACAAAAAAUAAAAACCUUUUCAUCUCUUUUUUUUUUUUUUUUUUUUUGCCCUACUCUUUGGGGUUUCCUUCAGCAAAUGCUCUUGCGCUUUCUUUGGAUUCUGAUCUGUUUCAGUGCUGCAACUUUUUUGGAUUCUUCGAGUCUUCUUCUUUUUGCUCUCGCUGGAGGAGGGUUUGGAUUCUCUUUCUGGGCUGUGCUAUUUCGUCUGCGCUCAUGCCUACUCUUGUUAAUUACAGUGGUGAUGAUGAAUUUUACUCUGGGGGUUCCUGUUCCCCUUAUUCAAUUGCUUCCCAUGUUGAUCUAUAUUGCCCCCCUAGCAAGCGGGCUCGGAUCAGCGCCCCAUUCGCUCUCGAGGGAAGCUUCUUCGAGCAGGCUGAGAAACCAUCCAUUGAUGUUUUACCCGAUGAGUGCCUUUUUGAGAUCCUCAGACAUGUUCAAGGCGGUAAAGAGCGGAUCUCUAGCGCUUGUGUUUCAAAGAGAUGGCUUAUGUUGAUGAGCAGUAUCCGCAGAACCGAGAUGCCCUCAAAGUCGGAGAAUGAAUUGGUAUCAUCUGGUGAUGUUGAAAUGGUGGCUUUUGAUCAAGAUCAGGAACUUAAUGGAGAUGAUGGAUAUCUUACGAGAUCUCUGGAGGGGAAGAAAGCUACCGAUAUUCGUCUUGCUGCUAUUUCGAUUGGAACCAGUAGCCGUGGAGGACUUGGAAAGUUGUCAAUCCGAGGAAGUAACUCGAUCCGUGGAGUUACCAACCUUGGUCUCUCAGCCAUUUCCCGAGGUUGUCCUUCCCUGAAGGCUCUUUCUUUGUGGAAUGUCCCCUUUGUUGGGGAUGAAGGUCUAUUUGAGAUUGCUAAAGGAUGCCCUUUGUUGGAGAAGCUUGAUCUUUGCCACUGCCCUUCAAUUUCCAACAAGGGUUUGAUUGCAAUUGCUGAGAGUUGUCCUAAUUUGACAGCUUUGAGUGUUGAAUCGUGCUCAAAGAUCGGUAACGAGGGAUUGCAAGCUAUUGGAAAGUUGUGCUCCAAGCUGCAGUCUGUAUCUAUCAGGGACUGUCCUCUUGUUGGCGAUCAUGGAGUAUCAAGUCUGUUAUCAUCGGCUUCUUCGGUGCUCACAAAGGUUAAGCUUCAGGCUUUGAAUAUCACGGACUUCUCUAUUGCGGUCAUCGGACAUUAUGGAAAGAAUAUUACCAAUCUAACUCUCAGCGGUCUACAAAAUGUGAGCGAGAAAGGAUUUUGGGUCAUGGGCAAUGCUCAAGGUCUUCAGAAACUUGUAUCGUUGACGAUUACUUCUUGCCGGGGAGCGACAGAUCUGAGCCUCGAAGCCAUGGGAAGGGGUUGUGCAAACCUGAAGCAGAUGUGCCUCCGCAAGUGUUGUUUAGUAUCCGAUAAUGGCCUGGUAGCUCUUGCCAAAACUGCUGCAUCACUUGAGGGCCUGCAAUUGGAGGAGUGCAACAGGGUUACCCAAGCAGGGAUUGUUGGAGCCCUCUCAAACUGCGGAGAGAAGUUGAAGUCUCUUACCCUAGUCAAGUGCUUGGGUAUCAAGGGCAUAGCUUGUGGAGUGCCUAUGCUCUCUCCUUGCAGAUCUCUUCGAUCCCUAUCCAUUCGCAACUGCCCUGGGUUCGGUAGUCUUAGCCUGGCCAUGGUGGGGAGCUUGUGCCCUCAACUUCAGCAUGUGGAUCUGAGUGGACUUUAUGGAAUAACAGAUGCCGGGAUCCUCCCUCUUCUUGAGAGGCCAGAGGAAGGGCUUGUCAGUGUGAAUCUUAGCGGCUGCUUGAAUUUGACUGAUGAAGUAGUUGUCGCCUUGGCUAAGUUGCAUGGAGAAACGCUUGAGAUGCUGAAUCUCGAUGGAUGCAGGAAGAUCACCGACGCAAGUCUUGCAGCAAUUGCGGAGAACUGCUUGUUACUCAGCGACCUAGACCUUUCAAAAUGCGCAAUCACCGAUUCUAGCAUUUCUGCCCUUGCUUCUUCAAAGAAGAUCAACUUGCAAGUUCUAUCCCUCUCGGGUUGUUCUGAUGUGACGAACAAGAGCGCUUCUUGUCUGAAGAAAUUGGGCGAGACCCUGGUCGGGUUGAAUCUCCAACAUUGCAAUUCAAUCAGCAGCAGCACGGCUGAGCUUCUUGUGGAGAGCUUGUGGAGAUGUGAUAUCUUGGCUUGAUCAAUGCAAAAUAGAAAUGUCAGAGAUAAUGCAGUCCAUGAAAUCUGGUUUUGACUCCAAACUUGUUAGAUGCUUUCACCGCAUGUAUGGUUAACUCACAUGGAUCGCAACGUUCUGUGUACUGUUUUUUUGCCCGUCAGCUGUGACCUGCCAGUAGGCUUGGUUGUUUUCCGGGGGACUUUGGCCGAUACUCUUAUCAUCCUUUUUUUGCAGGCUUUGUUCAUUGCCUGUUCCAACUGUUUAGCCCCUGAUGAGCAGGAGGCUGCCUCUUUCAUGGCCAUGAUUCCCCAAGAAUACAGUUACCAAGACCCGGUUUAAGGUUUCCACUUGUCAGGCAACUCUUAUCGUGUUAGGGUCUUAGCUAUACUUGGUGUUUUAGCUUUCUUUCACAUUUCUCUGUUGGUGUGUCUGAUCAAGCUUUCUUUUGUAUCCCUGGUUGUUUGAAUCAGUUGAUCGUAGUAGAGUCGAAUAGUGUCUUUUCAGGGAUUUGUAGUUGUAGGGAAGGUCUUUUUCCCUUUCAUGAGCGUUGUUGUUAGUUUUAGGUUGCUUUGAGCAGUUCCUGAGUGUAGGAUCCUCAGAAUUAUGGGCUUCGAUGGUGGCACAUAUUUUCAGUUUGCCAUGACAACCUUGUUUUGGGUUGUUUUUAUUUUUUCCAUCCUAGUCCUGUAGUUUUGCAUGGUUUUCUACUGCUUCUGAAUUGUACUUUGCAACUACUUUAAUAUUUAAUGAAAUGGGUUAUUUUGUAAA